CUAUGGACAGGUUGAAAAUGGACCAGUUUUUAUAACCUUUAUAUAGCCAUUACCAUGUCAGUACGUGCUGUCAUUGUAGCAAACUAAUGCGCUAGAUGUCCUAAUGAAGAGUAUAGUACUAAGACUGGCACCAAAGGCUUGUCAUGGACAAUGCCGCAUUGCAGUCAGCUUGCAAGAAUGGCCAAGAACGGUAGGAUAACGGUGGUGGUGAGGCCCAGAAAGUUGUCUUCUUCCAAUAAUAAUAGACGUCAAAAGAUUCAUCCGACGUCAUCAACGCCAUUUAAUUUCGAUUGGUCGUUGAAGCCGAUGACAGUUUGGUUUCAGCUGUUUGGACUCCAGCCUCCAAUCAUCAACAAAGAUCAAAAGGAUCGUCGAUUCCUGUUACUCAUUCCAGUCACAAUCAUCUUUUACGUGCUGACGAUUGGCUGCAACACGUUCGUUAUGUCUCAGACCAAGUGGAUUAUCGAGACGAAAAAUUAUACCAGCAUCACUCAAGAUUGGAAUUCAAUCAUUAAUCAAGUAAACUAUUGUUUUCUUACGACCACGACUCAUUCGGCCCUUUUGUUUGUCAGUUAUUUCAUGUCGUGGAAGCGAUUAACGGAUCUUCUUCGACGACUGGAACAAGGUGCCCAGUUCGACAACAGCCACUACAAGAAAUUCCGACGUAUAUUUCAAAUUGGAUCGUGGUUCGUGUUGAUUGAAAUUGCAAUUGAACUUGUUGAAACGCUAAUCUACCGCUUGUGGAUUAGUAGCAUUGUGGCAAGUUUAUCAACGUCACACGUCGUUUUCUCCGCACUGAACAUGGUGUCACUCAUAUUCCCUUAUCUUGGCUCAGUCCUGUUUUGCUCGCUCGGAUGGAUGGCUUCUGUCGUAUUCCAAAUCAUGGCCGAAGAAAUCGAUUCAGCUAAUGUCGAUUCCAGCGACUGCCUGGCUAUGACGUACUUCAUUAACCAAUGGAGGCGUCGUUAUUUCCUCGUUGUGGAAUUUGUAGACGAAAUGAGCCGCCAUUUUGGGGUUUUUUUGUUGGUUGUUACUGCAUCGGAAUUCGUUCGAAUGACCAACACUUCUUUCCAUUUAUUGACGGAAUUACUCGGCCAUCGAUGGACAUUGUCCACCAUCCUCAUCGCCGUCGACUACAUCAAGGAAACCCUUUGUUUUUGUUUCCUGCUUUACAUCCCUUCUCGAAUUUAUCGCGAGGCCAACGAUAUGAUAAGGAAACUGCGAAUGACUGAUGCCAACGAAGUCAGCUUACAAAACCAGAUGAGAUUUCUAGCCGAAGAAAUGAUCCAAUCACUUCCUAAUAUCACACCAAUGGGAAUGGUUCACAUCAAUGUUCAGCUCAUUCCGACGUUGAUGGGAACGACCUUGACGUAUUUAAUUAUCCUUUGUCAAUUUCAGUCAUUGGAGACAAUUGAUGACAAAAGGUAAUGAGGAAGUCGGACUACGUGCAUUUCUUUUUUUGGUUUCAAUUCCAAGAAGAGCCAUCGGACUACGUGACACAAAAGAAUUGUAAAAAUUUUUUUGCAAAAGGAAUGUCAAAGAUUAAACCCUAUCGCAAGCACAAAACCGAUGGCCAUCCGGAUUAUACUCUAAAGCAUGUUGAAAGCGAAAAGUCAUAGCUUAAUGCAGCGAUCGUUUUUUUUUUUCUCGCAACAGUUCAACGGGUUUAGAUCAUUGUGCAAGGUUUCGUGAACGUAUCGAUCGAGACUGUCGUAAUUUGGUCAUAUAUCAAUAGGAAAAUCCUGUUUCCAUAUCUCUGGCAUUGACGUGGCGAGCUAACGAGCUGAGAUAACAGGAUUACACUUUGUU